GUAUUUUAAAGCAAUUGUUAGAAAAAUAAGGAUAUAUGAAAGAACAAACUGCAAAGAAUGAGUAAGUUAAAGAGCAGUUUUCAAAUUAUAAGGAUUUAAAGGCACUAAAAAUUAUCUCAUAUCCUACUCACUAGAGUUUAUUUAUGCAUGCCUUAAUACAGCAAGUAUUUAGUGAAUGUCUGAUAUGCCAGCCAAUGAGGAAUAAGACAUCAUUUCCAUUCUUAACUAGAUCACAUACUGAAGAAAGGACAGACUAUCAUGAAAUCAGGGAACAAAAAUAGUUACAAGGCAAUUACGCAAGUUUUUUUUUUUUUCAGAGCACAGAGGAGAUACAGCCUAAAUGCUUCCUUCUAGAUUAUACAGUGAUUAUUCUAUUGAGGCAGUGUAAUUAGGUUUUGAAAAAGUUUGUUGAAGAAGGUGUGAAAAGUUUCUUUUGUCAGUUUGGGGGGUUCCUAGGCCCAAUUUUGGAAAAGUAAAAUCUAUUACUUCGAUGGUCCCAGAGAUCACCAUAAUUUUCCCCUAGGUUCCUCACAGUGCAUAGGAGUAGUGUUUGGAGUGAAAGGCUUAGUACAGAACUAAAUCUAGUACAAUGAAGUGGACAAAGUUAACUGCUAGAAACAUUCUUUUUCCAACUGUUGAAUUUUUAACUUUCCCCCAUGAAGCAGUAAAAAACUUCAACAAUGUGAACAGUUCUCCAACAUUCUGUUUUGUGAAACAAAGAAAAUAAAAAUGAAAUAUUUAAAUGAUCCACUAAAGAACAAAUUUAUAAAUAUUUACAACCGCUCAAAUCAGGUACAGCCAUUUGAGUCUGUUGGAGGCCACGCGGUGGCGCUGCAGGCUAAAGAGAUGGGGAGAAAAAACAACUGAGAAUGCUGCGUAAGUCACUAACAAAACAAAAAAACAAAAAACAAAAAAAACCAAAAAAAAAAAAAGAAAGAAAGAAAGAUUGCGGCAGGUAGGCCAGAAGAAAAGCUGUAGCGGCUCAAGAUUAGAAAAGGAAAAAUCCCAAGACCCUUGCUCCUACAUGGAUUAGGUCUGGGGUUUGCGGCUGCUGUUUCUUAAUGCUGGUAUCUGUGGUUGUGACCAGUAUUGAGGAAAUACUUGUUCAGAAGAAGCUAUGGAGGUUGGAAGGUUGCGCUUCUCAAGACAAAGGCAAGUCCUGUUUCUCUUUCUGUUUUGGGGAGUAUCCUUGGCCGGUUCUGGGUUUGGACGUUAUUCAGUGACAGAGGAAACAGAGAGAGGAUCGUUUGUGGUCAAUCUAGCAAAGGAUCUGGGGCUAGGGGACCGGGAGCUGGUUGCAAGAGGAGCCCGGGUGGUCUCUGAUGAUAACAAACAACACUUGCUCCUGGAUUCUCAGACUGGGGAUUUGCUCACAAAUGAGAAAUUGGACCGGGAAAAGCUGUGUGGGCCCACAGAGCCCUGUAUGCUGUAUUUCCAAAUUUUAAUGGAUAACCCCUUUCAGAUUUACCGGGCUGAGCUGAGGGUAAGGGACAUAAAUGAUCAUUCACCAGUGUUUCAAGACAAAGAGACAGUCCUAAAAAUAUUAGAAAAUACAGCCGAAGGGACUGCAUUUCAGCUAGAAAGAGCACAGGAUUCAGAUGGAGGACUUAAUGGUGUCCAAAAUUAUACCAUCAACCCCAACUCUUUUUUCCAUAUUAAAAUUAGUGACAGUGACGAAGGCAUAAUAUACCCAGAGCUAGUUUUGGACAGGGUGCUGGAUCGGGAGAAGCAGCAAGAACUCAGCUUAAUACUCACUGCGCUGGAUGGUGGGUCACCACCCAGGUCUGGAACCACCACUAUACACAUUGUGAUUCUGGACAUCAAUGACAAUGCCCCUCAGUUUUCUCAGGCAAUCUACGAGACCCAGGCUCCAGAGAACAGCCCAGUAGGGUCCCUUAUUGCUAAAGUCUCUGCAGCAGAUGUAGACUCUGGAGUCAAUGCAGACAUAUCCUAUUCAUUUUUUGAUGCUUCUGAAGAUAUUCGAACAACCUUUCAUAUCAAUCCUAUUUCUGGGGAAAUAGUUCUCAGAGUGUUGCUUGAUUAUGAGCUAGUGAAGUCUUAUAAAAUAAAUAUACAGGCAAUCGACGGUGGGGGCCUUUCUGCAAGAUGUACAGUUUUGGUGGAGGUAUUGGACACCAAUGACAAUCCCCCCGAACUGAUCAUGUCAUCACUUUCGAACUGUGUGGCUGAGAACUCUCCUGAGACGGUACUGGCUGUUUUUAGGAUUAAAGACAGAGACUCUGGAGAAAAUGGAAAGAUGAUUUGCUUCAUUCAAGACAAUCUGCCUUUUCUUCUGAAACCCUCUCUGGAGAAUUUUUAUAUCCUAAUGACAGAGGGAGCGCUGGACAGAGAAAGCCAAGCAGAGUACAACAUCACCAUCACUGUCACAGACAUGGGGACUCCCAGGCUGAAAACGGAGCACAACAUAACAGUGCUGGUGUCCGACGUCAACGACAACGCCCCCGCCUUCACCCAGGCCUCCUACACCCUGCGGGUCCGCGAGAACAACAGCCCCGCCCUGCACAUCGGCACCGUCAGCGCCACAGACACAGACGCCGGCGCCAACGCCCAGGUCACCUACUCGCUGCUGCCGCCCGCCGACCCGCACGUGCCCCUGGCCUCCCUCGUGUCCAUCAACGCCGACAACGGCCACCUGUUCGCCCUGCGGUCCCUGGACUACGAGGCCCUGCGCGCCUUCGAGUUCCGCGUGGGCGCCGCCGACCGCGGCUCGCCGCCGCUGAGCAGCCAGGCGCUGGUGCGCGUGCUCGUGGAGGACGACAACGACAACGCGCCCUUCGUGCUGUACCCGCUGCAGAACACCUCGGCGCCCUGCACCGAGCUGCUGCCCAGGGCGGCCGAGCCGGGCUACCUGGUGACCAAGGUGGUGGCGGUGGACGGCGACGCGGGCCAGAACGCCUGGCUGUCGUACCAGCUGCUCAAGGCCACGGAGCCCGGGCUGUUCGGCGUGUGGGCGCACAACGGCGAGGUGCGCACGGCCAGGCCGCUGAGCGAGCGCGACGCGGCCAGGCACAGGCUGCUGGUGCUGGUCAAGGACAAUGGCGAGCCGCCGCUGUCGGCCAGCGUCACGCUGCACGUGCUGCUGGUGGACGGCUUCUCGCAGCCCCACCUGCCGCCCCCGGAAGCGGAAGCGGAGGCGGCGGCCGCGGCGCCGGCCGACCCGCUCACCGUCUACCUGGUGGUGGCCUUGGCGUCCGUGUCGUCGCUCUUCCUCUUCUCGGUGCUGGUGUUCGUGGCGGUGCGGCUGUGCGGGCGGGGCGGGGCUGCGCGGGCGGGUCGCUGCUCGGUGCCCGAGGGCCCCUUCCCGGGCCACCUGGUGGACGUCAGCGGCACCGGCACCCUGUCCCACAGCUACCAGUAUGAGGUGCGUCUGACUGGAGGUACUGGGACCAACGAGUUCAAGUUCUUGAAGCCAAUACUCCCCAACAUUCAGGGACAAGCGCCUGAGAGAAAUAGUGACGAAAACCCUCCGUUUCGAAAUAGCUUUGGAUUCAAUUUUAAGUAAAAUUCCUUUUAUAUUUUCAUGCGCUUUUGAAAUGUUAUGUCAAUAUUAGUUUAGUUUUAAAACUCCAAGUUAAAUUAUUUUGCAACUUCAAGCCUCAAUUUACAGUACUAUACUGUAUCUAUGUUUUCACAACAUUAUUUCUUCUUUUUGCAUUAAUCAGCCGUUAGCUUUAAUUAGCACCCGUAUCUAAAUAAUAGCUUUAGGUUUUAGUUAUUUCCUAUUGUACAAGGGCUUAGUUAUUAUUUUCAUUCUAGAAAAUUGAGGUUUUGAUUUUUCUCCUAGUAUAUUUCAUAGGCUGUAUCUCAUGAUCCUAUACACCUAUUAUACUUCCUUCACCUAAGAAGACACCUUUAUUUCUGACCUUACUCUAACAUUCCUUUUAACCAUGUUAAGAAACCAUAGCAUCUUGUUCUAAACAAUAGUGUUUAAAAAUAAAUAUUUCCUUACUACUCUGCUCAUAAUAAAAGGAGACAUCCUUUUGUGAGCAGUAUUGGACUAGUAUAAUAUUCUUGUGUUCAUGCUAUUAUUUUCAUUUUAAAUAUACUACUUAUUUAAUGUUUUCUAAUAUUUACUUUUCCUACUGUAUAAAACAGCAAAAUGUCUUUAAAUUGAAACAAAGUGUA